ACGUAGUGUAAAUAAUGGGAUACGUAAAAGUGCCUUGAAAAUAUUCGUUAUCGAAAAUUAAUAAAUUAUUAUGCGAUAUGAACGAUGGUCUAUUUGUUCUGUUUUUAGUAUCAAUAAACCAUAACAAUCGAAAACUAGACACUAAAUAUUGGAUAUUUACUAAAUAUUGGUGAACAUGAGUUGAUGGAAUCAAUUUGAUGGAAAUAGAAAAUCCAGUAAUAAGAUCUGAUGAAUAUUUGCAAAAUCGUAAUCGACUUAAAAAAUUAUCUAAGUAUUAUAAAAACAUCAAUUUAGAAAUACAUAAUAUAUACCGAUGAUAAGAUAUAAGACACUUAGACCUAAAAUCAAUCAUUUAAUUUUAAACCUCACCUAAUUGUGUAAAGAUGAGUGUGAAAAAUAUAGAAACACUUCUAGAACCACACAUUGGUGAGGGCAAAAAAAUAAAAGAGACUCGAACAACCAACUUAGUCAAUCCUGGAGAAAACUAUGGAGGAGAAUUAUUUAAAAUAGAUGUUAUGUUAGAAGAUUCCGAUAGCCAGAAAGAAGAAGUUUUACAUAUUGUAGGUAAAAUUAUUCCAGCAGAUGAUAAUUCACAAGAAGUAUUUAACGUUCAAAACACCUUUAAGUCAGAAAUAGGAUUCUAUGAAAAAAUUGUGCCGGCACUUCAAAACUUCCAAAGAAAGCAUAAAAUCGAAGAAAUCUUUGAUAUUUUUCCCAAAUUUUAUGGAAGCAGAAUUAACUUAGAUGGAAGUAACAAAGUUGAUAGAGAUGGUGUGCUAUUACUGGAGAAUUUAAAAAUAGAAGGAUAUGACAAUUUAGAUCGGUAUAUUGGAUAUAACUUGGAAGAUGCCAAAAUCCUUCUUCGAGAUCUUGCUCUCUUCCAAUCAACAGUCGUUGCAUUAAAAAUUAAGCAGCCCGAUAUUUUUAACAAAGAAAUUAAACCUUUUUGUAACAAUAAUUUGGCAACUCCUGAAGAUGAUCCAUUUAGAAAUAUGAUAUUAGUUAUCGACGAAAUCCUUGAAGACUCUGACGAAUUUAGACAGUUCAUUCCAAAGGUGAACGUAGCAUGGGAAAAACAGGAAAUGAAAACUGAAGUAAGAGAACCAUUUGCAACGAUCGUCCAUCGUGACCUAUGGGUCAACAACGUAAUGAUAAAAUACGAAAAAGGUAAACCAGCAAAGAACAAGUUUAUUGACUUCCAACUCUACGACUACGGUUCCCCAGCUUCUGACGUUCUUAACUUUAUAUUCACCAGUGUCAAGACGGAGGUUUCUAGACUACAUUUUGAUGAUUUGAUAGAGCACUACCAUACAGAAUUUGUGAACAAUCUAAAGCGGUUUAAAUGUGAUACUGAACCGUUCAAUUAUCCAAAUUUUCUGAGAGAGUUAAAAAUGGAAUCAGAAAUCAUUUUGGGAUGGACUAUUGGUUUUGUUACAAUAGUGGUAUUUGGUAAAAAGAAUGAAAGUUUCAUGGACGAUCCCAAUCCAGAUUUUCAUGAUCCUAAGUAUAGGCAAAAAGUGAGGGAUGGAUUAAUGCCAGAAGCCUUAGAGAGACUCUUUUUCAUUUUACGUCAGUGCCAUAAAUGUAAUUGGAUUUAAAUGGCAAGACCAAUGAUGAAAUUUUGGUUGAAUCUUAGUUACAGUAUUUAUUUGUAGAAUUGGCGAUUAUUCCACAGAAUUAUUAUGUUUAAUAUAACGUAAAAAACCUAAA